AUGCUAGGGUUUGGCCUCUUAGCUGUGCUUCCUUUGGCUGCUGCCGGAACGGUGCUCCCGCGGCAAACAGCAUGCAAUAACUCACCGGAUUUAUGCUCGAAAUCUUACGGCGAGAUCACUCAUCUGGGUGCACAUGACAGUCCUUUUGUACGAGAUGCUUCGACGGGCUAUUCGACGUCUGGGAAUCAGUAUUUCAAUACCACGGUGCAGCUCGACGCCGGAGUUCGCUUGAUCUCGGGUCAAGUCCAUAAAAAAGAUAGCGAGUGGCAUUUAUGUCAUUCUAGUUGUGAGUUGCUGGACGCAGGGAAGCUGAGCACAUGGUUGUCCGAAAUCAAAAGCUGGUUGGAUUCCAACAAGAACGACGUGGUAACGCUGUUACUGGUCAACUCUGACGACGCCUCUGCCUCUGAUCUCCAUUCGCAAUUCCAAACUGCCGACAUCGUCGACUACGCAUACACACCCACCUCCCAGACCGCCGCGCCGAGCUCGUGGCCAACGUUGCAAAGUCUGAUCAACAAUGGAACUCGAUUAAUGACCUUUGUGGCAUCCUUGGAUGCGUCCAAGAAUACGGUGGCCCCGUACCUCAUGGAUGAGUUCACCUACAUUUGGGAGAACCCUUACGACGUAACGAACCCCUCCAACUUCUCCUGCAACCCCGACCGUCCAUCCAGCCUUCAGAAUGACCUGUCAUCCGCGCUCUCGUCGAAUCGUUUGCCCUUCAUGAACCACUUCCUCUACCAGACCGUUCUCACCCUGGAGUAUCCCAACUCCAGCUACGUGUCGACCACUAACGCGCCGUCCGGCGGGACCGGCAACCUGGGCGACGCAGCCACCAAGUGCAAGGAAGCCUACGGCCGCCAACCAGCCUUCAUCCUGGUUGAUUUCUUCGACAAGGGCCCCGCCAUCAAGACCGUCGAUAACCUGAACGGCGUCACCAAUGCCGUGGGCCGGACCAACCUAACGGCCGCCACCCAGACCAGCGGUGCCUCGACCUACUCUAACGUCUUCAAGGGACUGGUUGAACUGGUGCAGAGCGCCAAACUGGGCUCCAACCCCAGCAUGGGCGAAUGGGUCUGGGUGGGAGGCGAUUGGGGCAGCCUGCUCGGCGGCGGCAUCACGCUCUAA